ACGAAGACAUGAGAAACACCAACGAAGAAGUCCAGUUGAACUGUAGCGAACACUGCUGCGUUCUGGAGACGAAGGCGGUGAAAAGAUAAAUAAACAUGGAUAAAAAGAAGAAACACUUUGACGUGACGGCUUCAUCGUUAGUGGACCUUAAAGCUGAGUUGUACAGGAAGCAGGAACAAUUCAAACAAGAGAAGCUUGGGCAAGAAAAUGCUGGUGGUGGAUCAAAAUCAAAAUCCAAAGUAAAGAAACCUAAUGUGUGGACUAAACAAAACCCCGGUGUUUCAUCAAGGGCUGAGAAAGAUACAGAGCAGCUGGUUGAGGAGCAGAAAAGUCUUGAUGCAUCAAAACGCAAGUUGGAGGAGAAGGCAAAACUCUAUGAGCAGAUGACAAAAGGAGAUUUUCCCGAUGAAGAGACAGAGAGUCUGUUCCUGGUGGAUUUCACACAGAAGAUUAUUGACAAAAAGAAACACACAGAAGCAUAUAAGGAAAUGGAGAGAGAUGGAGAUAAAGAAUGUGACAACUCAACACCCGUACCUGCUCCCCAACACCCAAAUGAGGAAUGGGUGGACUAUGUUGAUGCUUUGGGUCGAUCUCGAAGGUGCAUGAAAAAAGACUUGCCUGAUUUUAUGAAAAUGGAUCAAGACCUGAAAGGAAAAGUCUCAUCUGAGAAGACUUUACUCUCUGAGGACAUGCGUCGGGAUCUGCAGAGGCAGGAGUGGGAGAGGGAAGAGGAGGAGGCCAUGAAGAGGCCGAUUGGACCGGUCCACUAUGAGGAUAUAAGAGGCCAAGAGGCUCGUGAGCUUGGUGUGGGCUACUUUGCCUUUUCUCAGGAUGCAGAUCAGCGCAGAAAACAGAGAGAAACUCUGGACAUGCUCAGAGAUCAGACAACAGAUCAGCGCAGUAAAAGAGAACGACUGAAGGACAAGAGGCAGUCCAUCCUGCAGGCCCGGCUGGCCAAGGUGAGGCAGAGGAAGAUGAAGACCAAGCCAGGUGAAACCGAAGAUGAAGAGAGGGCGGGUGAAAACAAAGAAGAGGAAGAGGAAAGUGAAUUAAUCGGACCACCUCCUCCACCACCAGAGGAAAAUCCAGAGGUCAGUAUCGCGAAGAGGGUGGAGGUGGAGAUCCAGGAGAGAAGGGACACUAAACCAGGAGUUCCUCAUGUCAGAGAGUGGGACAGAGGCAAAGAGUUCAUGUUCAGUGAAUGGAAAAGUCGGCGUCGGGAUGAGCGAGAUUGUGAAUUUGCACCUCCCUCUGCUUAUUUCACCGGUGGGAGAAAACAAAUACCACAGAAGAACGAAACUCAGGAGAAAAAGCCCAGAAUGUCCAACAAGUGGACAAAAGGCCCAGGGGAAAUACCUGAGCACAAAGAGGAGCCACAACCUAUGGCUCCAGCUUCUCCUUCACCUCAAACAGAAUCUGAACAAAAUCAUCAAACUACUUCACAGCCACAGACCUCAGUGCAGCCACCACAGAUCUCAGUGCAGCCACCACAGAUCUCGGUGCAGCCACCACAGAUCUCAGUGCAGCCACCACAGAGCUCGGUGCAGCCACCACAGAGCUCAGUGCAGCCACCACAGAUCUCGGUGCAGCCACCACAGAUCUCAGUGCAGCCACCACAGAUAUCAGUGCAGCCACCACCCUCAAAUCCUCCAGACACUUCAGCUGCUGUGUCUGCUCCGCCUUUCAAUACCCAGUAUCCUCCACCUCCUCCAUUUUAUCCCCCAUUCCCUCCUCCAUACCCUCCUCAGUAUUGUUCACCUCACUAUCCUCCACAGUAUCCACCCCAGUACCCUCCUCAGUAUCUGCCCCAGUAUCCACCACAGUAUUUCCAGUAUCAGCCUCAGCCUCAGCCUCAGCCUCAGUCUCAGCAGCCCUCGGAGCAAACAUGUGACAGCCAGGCCCAGCAGCCUCCCCCAGAACCUUCUCAGAGUCUGGAUGACAUGCUGUCCUUCUACAGGAACUCUACUUGACCUCUAAAAUAUUAUGUUCACUUAGUAGUGGAUCGAUAUUAGUUGCUAAAUACAGCUUUAGAGGAAAUCCCAGAAACAGAACAUAGGGCUUCAUGCAGGAACAUAUUGUUAUUGUGUAGAGAACAUUACAGCCUAAAACUAGGCUGAUCCAAGUGGAUGAUAACUGCACAGUGACCUGUAUUUUCCCAAAAGAUAUUUGUAGGAAUAAAAUAUUUCAGUAAAAAUAGUCAAAUCUAUCAAAUCUGACAAACCAUGAUGUCCAGAAUAUUUAAUUUGCUAUAGAUACAUAAAUUGAUUUAUUCUAUCAUGUCUAUACUUAUUUUAUUCAAAUGAAGACACUGUGAUCCUUGAAUUGAACAAAGAUGUUUAUCCUCCUCUGAUGGAAGUUCAAUUACAACAUUGUCUGGACUGUCAGGUUUGUCAAAUCAUCAUGUACAAGAUGACACCAAAAAUUCUCUUUAAGACGCUCACACCCAUAUGCCACAUGAGAAGCACUGAUACAUCUAGAUCUUAAGUGAGGUCCAAUGUCUGCUCUUAGGACUUUUUGAAUUCAAUAAAUAUCAGUUAUUUAAGAGUA